AUGAAAGUUGAAAAUUUAGUAGGAAGUGUGAAUUUUCAUAUUGCAGCUGUAUAUGGGUUACACACUGUCCAAGAUAGGAAAGAGCUUUGGAGAGAGUUGUUAAGUCAUACUGUGGUUUGUCAUGAUCCUCUUAUUCUUAUAGGAGAUUUUAAUGCUGUCACUUAUAUCAGGGAUAGAAUAAAUGGAGCACAAAUCACGAAUCAUGAAACCCAUGAUUUUAAUGAUUUUAUCAUGAGAGUGCAAGUAAUGGAAGCCCCUAGUAAUGGUUUAUUCUACUCUUGGACAAUCAAUAGUAUUGGUGAUGAUAGAGUGUCAAGCAGAAUUGAUAAGGCCUUUGUGAAUGAGGAGUGGUCCUGUAAAUAUCCUGAUGUGCAAGUACAAUACCUCCCUAGUGGGAUUUCUGAUCAUACUCCUUCGAUGCUUGAUUUUGGAAGCAGUGGAAGUGAAGGUGGCAGACCAUUUAAAUUUCAUAAUAUACUAGCAGAACAUGAGCUUUUCUUGGAUAUUGUUAAAGAGGCUUGGCAAUCUAUCUCAGGGAGUUACUAUCUGCAGACAACUUGGAAGAGACUAAAGCAAAAUGUUCAGCUCCAGAUGGAAGAAAGACAGCUGUAUAAUCAGUAUAGGCACUGGAGCAAGGUGGAUGAUAGCAUACUGAAGCAAAAGUCAAGAAUAGACGGGAUAACUCAUGGUGACACUAAUUCUAAGCUUUUCUUUAUUGCUGCAAAAGUAAGGAAAGCAAGGAACAAUAUCAGUGUUCUCUAUAAUGAUCAGGGUGUGCUGUUAUCUAAACCUGAGGAGAUUCAAGAAGAGAUAGUGGGUUUUUAUAGAAGCCUCCUUCGAACUGCUGCUCCUACAAUUCAAGCUGUUGAUCUGCAAACUGUGAGAGUUGGAUCAAGCUUAAGCUUAGAAGCAAGGAGUAGGCUAAUGGUUCCUAUCACUAAACAAGAGAUUGAUGCAGCCUUGAACAACAUCAAAGAUUCCAAAGCCCCCUGGAAUUGA